AUGAAAAGCGGGUUUGAAAUUAAUAAGAAUAAAGAAGAAAUAAAUAAAAUAAAUGAAACACAGAAAGAAAAAAAGAAUAAAUUAAAAACCAAUGGGGGAAUGAGCACCGAUCAGGUUGACAAUGACCAGAAGGAUUACAAAGAAAUGGGGUAUGAAAAAGUGAAUUAUCUAAAAUCAGGAUACAAAAAUGAUGAGUAUGAAAAUUAUGAGUUAAACAAAAGGGAGCCUGAUGAGGGUGUGUUAUCUAGUAUUAAUAGUAAAAUAGCUGGAGUAUAUCCACUUUGGAAAAUUGAAGAAAUAAAGGAAAACAACGAAAAGGGCAUACCUUAUAAUAAGGUUUAUUCAAAUAAUAUACAGUAUAGUGAAACAGUAGGAAAUGAAUAUAUAAUAUUAGAUAAUUUUGUAAAAGAUGAAAGAAAAAAAAAGAAAAAAAGUAAAGAACAUAAUGAAAAGAAGCACACAACACAAAACAAAAAAGUCAAACAAAUAAAAAUAGAACAAAAUAUACGUAAUAAAUAUAAUCAGAUAUCAGGAUUGAAUACAACCAAUUAUUUACUAAUUCCUGAUGAAAUACGACAUAAAUAUACAAAGACUUAUUUAUUUCAAAUAUCAAAGCGGCUGCUUGUAAUGAAAAAACCUUGGAGGUUACCAAAAAAUGUAGAAUUACAAAUUAAUAAUGUAUACCAUUUAUCAAAUUAUAUAAAGGUUUUAGAAAGAGUGUCAAAUGAGUAUUUAAAUGAUCCUCCUAUAAAUUGUUAUUAUAAAGGGUUAGAAUUAUAUAAUAAGAACGUGUUUGCAAAUAUAGAUUAUUUAUUAAAAAAAGUCGAUAUAAAAAAGUAUUCCAAAAAUAUAAAGAAUAAAAAUUUAAUAAAAAUAAAUGAAUGUUAUUAUGAUUUAAGUACAUUUGGGAAAUCACCAAAUUCUAUGCUUUAUCAAUCUUAUAUAAUUUGGGACAUACAUGGUAAUUGCUUAAGUUUAGAACAAGAAUACGAUCAUUUUUUUGAUUCUCAGAUUAUGGAUUAUAACUUUGGUGAAAAAGAUUAUCCAAAUUUAAAGUAUAUAUCUAGUAUUUGUAGUUCUAUAUUAUUUUGGUUGAAUUUAAACCAGAAAGACAACUUUUCUAUUAUUAACUAUCAUAAAAAUUGUUCAUUUACUUUGUUAAUAUUUUCAUGUGUUAUGCUUGCCCUUGACAAUUCUUUAACAUUUCAUGAAAUUCAAGAAACAUUAUAUAAAUCAUCUAAAAUGGGAAGCUCAACUGACAAUGAUACUGAAACUGAUAUUGGAAGUGAUUUUGAAAAUGACAUGAAUAAAAUAAAAGAGCUAGGUAUAAACGAAAAAUAUUGUACCGAAUCUAACUAUUUGUUAAAAGAAUAUGAAUAUUUACCUAAUUAUGAAAAUUUUAAUAACAAAGUUAAUAUUUUAAAUAAAAAUUUUGAUGAUAUUGAAUAUAAUGAAGGAAUUUGUAAAGUUUCAUCUGAAAAAUCAGAUUUGCUCCAUUAUGAUGAUAAUUAUAACCAUAUAUGUGACCAAAAUAAAUAUAAUAAUAAACUAUAUAAUCGAAAUAAAAAUGAAGACAAAAAUAUUUUUAACAAUGUAGCGGAAUCUAGAAAAUAUAGCAACUUCAGCAUGAGUAAUAGUAUUAAUGAAAUUAGAUAUACUAGAAAUAUAUAUACAAAUGAGAAGGGAGGAAUCAAAAAUACAUACAAUGAUAAUAGUAAAGAAAAUAUUAGUCCUUUUAAAAAAAAAUUUCAAUAUCAUACACUGAAUUUAGUCAGUAAAGAUAAUAUAAUAUAUAACGAUACUGAAUUAGAUAAAACAAAAAAAAAAAAGAUAAAAAAAAAUAUUUCCAACUCUUGGGGAUUUGGAUCACCUAAUAUAGAUACACAUAAAAAUAAAAGUAAAAUAAAAGAUCAUCAUUUUUGGAUACCAUUUGAUUAUUGGAAAGCGUCACAUAAACGAUACUUUUUUUAUAUGUAUGAGCUAAUUAAAAAUAAAAAUAAGCAAACUAAAAAUAUUCCAUACAAAUUAAAGAGUAUAAUUUUUACUGAUUAUGUCUUAUGUUCUUUGUCAGUAGAAGUAUAUGAAGUUAUAUAUAAAGAUAAUAAAUAUUUUUCUUUUAAUGAUUUAUCGAAUACUCAAUUAAAUAUUGACAAUUCUGCUGAUGGAAAACAAAUAUAUAGUGAUAAAAAAUUUUCAGAUAUUAUUCAUACGUCUACUGAUGAUGAAUGCAUACAUGACGAGACAAAAGAGAAAAUAAAAAAUAAAAGUAAAAGAAAGAUUGAAAAAAAAAAAAAGAAAAAAAAAACACCUUGUUGUGAUUGCAAAUUUGGCUUUGCAAAUAGAUCCUCUGUAUCAUCUUGCAAUCAAGAUGAUGAUAAAACUGAAACAAAUGAUAUAAAUGAACAAGAAACUGUUAAUAAUGAGAAUAAAAAUAUUAAGUAUAAAAAAAUGUACGAUUUAAAUAUUCCUUAUAUAAAUGAAAAAGAAUCAUCUGAUUUAUCUUUCUUCAAUAAUAGACAUCAUAAAAUUAAUUAUCAAAAAGUUGUAAAUGUAGAUAAAAAAAAAAAACACAGCAUUUAUAUAGGGAAUAAGGGUUUUCAAAAAGAUAUAAUAAAUAAUAAUAAUUUAAAACAAGACAAAAAUUCAAUUUGGAAUGUAGAAAAGGCAAAAUCCACAAGUAACAUAGAACUAUUAUGCUCAUCUUGUAAUUUGCCAAAAUCUUCAAAAUUCAAUAUCAAUAAAAGAAAGGUAAAAUCAUUAAAUAAUUUAUCAAAAAAUUAUGAAAUGUUUGAUAAUAUUAUUUUAGAAAAUGAUGAAAAAGAGAAUUACUUACUUUGUAACAAUAACUCUAUUUGCAAUUGUAGCAUAGACAGUCAUAAUUACAAUAAAAAUAACGAUAGUUUUUUGUUUGAAGAAAAUAGUAAAACUUGUUCAUUAGUUAAUGCAGAUUCUGUCACUAUGUUUGAAUCAAAUUCAUUUAUAAAAUUAUCAUCCCCAGGAAAUAAAGAAAAUAAUAGUUUCAAAAAAAAACAAAAAGAAUCUACAAAAAUAUCUGGAGAAGAAGAUAAUAAUUUAAAUUUUGUUACAAAUAUCGAAAUUAGGGAAUAUAAUAUUUUAGAAGAAAAUAAAUGUCAUUGUAGAGAUAUAAAAAAAGACAAAAUAUAUAAUACGAUAAAAAAAAAAACGAAAAAUGAAUUUUUUAAUAAUAAUGAGAUUGAUGAGAAAUUAUUAGGAUCAUGCACAAGACCUGGGUAUGAAUAUAUAUUAAAAUGCAAUCAUUUAAAUUAUAAUUUUAUUUCGUCUUAUGAAAAAAACAAAAAAAAAUAUGUAACCAUCGAUUUUACUCACGACGCAGAAGGUAAUGAAAAAGAACAUAUUAUAUGUGGGGAUAUUCUUAUAUUAAUUGGUCAUAAAAAUGCGGAUAAAUAUCACAAGGGGUUUUCCACGUCAUAUUCUUUUCAUACUGGAUUUUUAAAAGGUUCAACUUCUGAAAUUAUUCAUAUAAGAAAAGAAGAUAUGGAUAUUAAUAGCAAUUAUGAAAACUAUAUUCCAGAUUCAUCAAAAUUGUCUGUAAUUUUAGAACCUACUACUAAUAAUGAUAAUAUAAAUACUUAUAAAAAAAUAUUAGUGGAUAAUAAUAGAGUCGAAGAUUUGAAAGAAUUACAAAAACAUGAAGAAAAUAAUAUUUUUAUGGAUACAGAAAUAAAUAACCUAUCAUUUAAUGAGGAUAAAAAAGAAUGUGAUAUUAUUAAUAUAGAAAGUGGAAAUAAUAGUGAUAGACAAACUAAUAAGAAAGAAAUUCUCACAAAUAAUUUGAAAGCGAUUGCUCCAUCUAAUGCAGACAAAAAUCGAACAAGUUUAGACAAUAUUGAAAAGCAAAAACAAACGUCUAUACUUGAUGAAGAAAAGAAAAAUAGAAGAAGUAUAUUUCAAUUAAUUAAUAAACAAACUAAAAGUGGAAAUAUAGAAAAUGAGGAGAAUCAAAAAAGAGAAGGAGAAAUAAACUCGAAAAACGAUUUUUUUAAAAAAUUUUCUGAUAGUUGCCCGGAGGAUGUAAAUCAAAAAAUAGGGGAAACGAAAGAAAUAAAAGAAAAUUCCUGCAUUAAUGUUAGUAGCAAUAAUAAAAGAAUGGAAUUAAAUUCAAGAGUAAACUAUAAUAUACAUUCGUCAUUUAGUGAAAAGGAAACUAAAUCAAAAUAUAGUACAUCUAACAUAACUCAAUUGUUAUCUUCAUUAUUUGGAUUCAAAAACAGAGAUGAUAAAUUUUCAUUAUUAAAAAAACAAAAUGCGGGAUCUUUAUUAUCCUCAAAAAAAACAUUUUCAAAUUUAAUUUCGUUAAAUGAUUUUUUGCAAAGACAAUAUGAAAUAAUAUCAAAACCGUCAGAAAGUUUAUCAAAUUUUGUUUUAAGCCAUGUAAAAAAGGUUAACAUGCCAUUAGUGCAAUAUUUAAAAGAAAUAACUUAUUUGUCUAAUUUAGAAAUAUUUUUAUCUUUAAAAAUAUGUAACAAUGAUAUUUAUAAAGCCUUGAAAUUUAUUGAAGCAACCUGGGGUUUAGAUACAGUAAAAGGUGAUGGAAAUAGAAAAAAUAAUAGAAUUAUAUUAAAUACAAAUAGUAGCAAUACUACUAUUAAUAGCUCUAAACAUGAUACUCCAAUACUAAACGAUUUGACAAAGUGUCAUGAAGAGAAAAUUAAAGACACCAUACUUGAAGAAAGCAAUAAUAAAUUUUUAUCAAUUUCUGAUAAAAUUCCAAAUAUAUCUCAAAAUAUAAAACUCACAGAUACUAAUAAAAUAAAUCUUGAAACUUUUGAUAAAUUGAAUAAAGAUGAAUCUAUAAAUAAUCAAAAUAUAGAACCAUUAUGGAAUAAGAAUAAUAAUGUGUUUUCAAAUGAAGAAAAUAAUAAUAAUAAUGAUAAAAACAACUUAAAAUGUCAGUUAAAUAACACUAAUAAAAUACAGGACGAAGAAAAUGAAACAUUGCAAACUGAAUGCUUAACAAAGCAAUCCAAAGGUAUAAUAAAGGACUAUGCAAAUAUAUAUGAGAAUAAAAUACAACAAAAAAGGGAUUCGAACUCAUAUUAUGUUAACAAAAAAUGUCUGAAAAAUAAAGAUGCACCAAAGCUUGUUACACAUGAAAGCGGUAUCAAAAUUUCCAAGUUUGAAAUUGACAAAGUGGAAUAUGAGAAAGUGGACAGCGUUGAACUGGUGAAGGAGGAAAAGAAGAAAACUGAAUAUAUUGAAAAUGAAAAUGAAAAUAGUUCUAGCAUAUCAAGUAGCAUAAACACAAAUGGCAUUCUUUUAAAAGAGGAGAAUAAUAUUAAUGAUAAUAUUAGUAAUAAUAUAUUAAAAAAAUUAGGAGAAAGUAAUUUUUUUUAUGCAAAAUUACCUAGUGGUGAUUUGGUUAAGUUAAAAAUCCAAAAACCACAUAAUUUAGAUGUUCAUGAUAAUGCUCCUUUAUUAUUAAUUGAAUCUGUAAAUUUGUCAGAAAAAUCCAUAAAUGUUCUAGAUGUAUUAAUAAACGAAAACAAAAAUAAUAAUGAUGAUGAUAUAAAAAGCAAUACUAUAAUUAGUGAUCAUCGCAUAAAUAAUAUGGAAAAGACGUAUAAUGAAAUAAAUAAAAAGACUGAAAUUGUUGAAUCUAUAAAUAGCAUUGAAACAGAGGAUGGUUCUACUCUUUAUAAAAUUUACAAUUCCACCGAUUUUAUAUCGUCCAUUUCAGGAACAAAUUUUAGGGAGAAGGAAUUUUCGACCCAAAAAUCGGAAGAUUCACUUUAUGAGAAUUCGAUAGAGAAACAGGUAGACGAAAAAAAAACAGAAGUAGACGAAAAGAAAACAAAGGUUGAAGAAAAAAAGAUCGACGAAAAAAAAACAGAAAUAGAAGUGAAAAAUAUGAUGGAAAAAAGGGCAGCGACGUCUGGACCAUCUACUAAAGCGAUUUCCGCAAAAACAAUAAUAAAAAAAUCAACUCAGAAAAAGCCACCACCACCCCUUCCAAAGUCACUGGCAAAAGCUGGUUCUCCCAAAGAAGCGAUUGAACCUCAACCUGACGAAAUUUCAACGAAAAAUUGUAGCAAAAUAACAAAUGUUUCUAAAAAAAAUGGUAAAAAAGCACCAAACCUUCCAGAAUUUCUUUUAAAUAAAAUGAGCAAUGGAAAAUCAAAAGGUGUUUUAAAAAAAUGCCCACCAGGUCUAUGCUUAAAAAAAGCAGAAAAGCUUGAAGAAAAAAGACCACUAGGUAUUAAAUUACAUUGGCAAUUAUUACCAACACAUAAAAUUGAAGGUACGGUUUUUAACGAAAUAAAAACUCAAGAAGUUAAAUAUAACUUAAUAGACACUAAAACUGUACAUAAAUUAUUUUCAAGAAUAAAACAAGAAAAAAAAGUUGUAAAGAAAAGUGUAGAAUAUAAGAAAAAAAGUAAUGAAGAAAAAUUAAUUACAGUUCUUGACAGGACAAGAGCACAGAAUAUUGGAAUAUUAUUAAGAUUUCCAAUUAGCACACAAGAAAUAGUAAAUAAAAUAAACGUUUUUGAUUUAGAAAAUAUUAAUAUAGAAUUUUUACAAAAGGUAUUACAUAUAUUUCCAACAAAAGAAGAAAGUGAUGGAAUUUUAGAAAAAUUAAAAGGUGAAGGUGUUAAUGAAGAAAGUUUUCGAGAUGUUGAAAGAAAAUUAAUACCUUUUAUUCAUUCAAAUAAAUUUCAAUGCAAAAUUGAAAUAUGUUUAUUUUCAUUAAAAUAUGAUAAAAUAAUAAAUGAUAUAAAUAAAGAUUUAGAUACAUAUGAUAAAGCAAUAAAAGAAGCACGAUCUAGUACACGUUUAAGAUCUUUAUUAAAAGCUGUUUUAAAAUGGGGAAAUUAUGUUAACUAUGGAAUAAAUGAUAAUCAAGAUUUAGUUGCAUUGGGAUUUACUUUAUCUUCUGUUUUAAAAUUGACUGAAUUUAAAUCAUCAUUAGAUAGUUCUAUUACAUCUUUACAUUAUAUUACUGUUAGUUUGUGUAUUUCUUUACCCAACUUAAAUAUGAAUCAUUUAGAAAACGAUUUGCAUUCUGUCUUAUUAGCAUCUAAGAUGUCAUCAGAAUCUGUUGAUAUUAUGUUUGCAUUAUUAGAUAAAGAAAUAAAUUAUAUUAAAAGCCAAUUAAAUUGUAACUUUGAAGAAAAGUUUAUGGAAAAAAUGAAAGCAGCUUUGCAUGAUAGUGAAACAAAAUAUAUUAAAUCUAUGGAAAAAUAUCAGCAAAUUAAAAAAGAAGUAUAUGAAUUAGGAAAAUAUUUAGGAGAAGAUAUUCCAAAAACAGGAAACCUAGAAAAUAUAUUUAUUAUUUUAUCAUCUAUUGUUAAUAAUUUUACAAAAUGCUACAAAGAAAUUUCAGCAAAUACAAAAAAAUUCGCAAUUAUGUUAAAUGAUGAAAGUUUGUUAAAUGAAUAUUAUAAUGUUUUUAAUAAAAAUAAAAGUAGAUAUUCAAAUAAUUUAAAAAAUUCUAACACAGCUAAUAAAAAUUCUAUAAAUGAAACUAAUAAACAAAAAAGUGUUAUAAAUCCCAAAGGUCAAAUAAAAAUUAAAAUAAAUAAUACUAAACCAAGUGCUAAAAAUAAUAACGCUAAAGUAUCAAUGUUUCAACUUAAAAAUAUGUUGUUUCGAGAUAUUCAAAAUACAGCACUUAUAAAAAAAAAUGCUAAUGCAAGUUCUUUAAAAAAACAAAAUGAUAAAUCUAUUGAUGAACAUCAUAAUAAAAAAGGUAUGCACACAAAAUGUGCAGAAAAUUUGAAAGAUGCAAAUAAUACGGAAAGUAUCAAAAAAGAAACUAAAGAUUCACUUUCAAAAAAUGACGAAAACAACGCAAAGGAAAAUAGCCAAGAAACCUCUUACGUCGAGGUGUUGCCCAUAUCAAAUGAUAUACCUACUGUUGCUAAUGGUCCUAAUGAUAAUAAUAGAGAAGAUGAUAGUAAAAACGAUAUUGUAGCAACUUCCCAUAUCUUAAGUGAGCCCUUAAGAGCAGAUCAUUUAAUUAAUGAUGGUGACAUUAAAGAAAAGAAAUCAAAAUAA